CAUCUCGGCGCCCGAUGCGACGCAACACCGGCUGUCACGUAACAGCAAAGCAGUCAAGGUUACGGGUCGAGUUUCGGGGCUCACAUGGCUUGAUCGCUCGACAAGAUGCACAUCGUGGACUUCGUGUCCGGAUCUGUUGCAGGGGCCUGUGGAGUGACCGUGGGCUUCCCACUGGACACUGUGAAGGUCAGAAUCCAAACUCAGAAGCAGUUCACAGGAGUGUAUCAGUGUGUAUUGGAGACCAUAUCAAAAGAAGGGGUGCACGGCUUCUUCAAAGGCAUGUCGCUUCCCCUGACCACAGUCUCGCUGACGUCCUCAGUGGUGUUUGGCACCUACAGGAACUGCCUGCAGUGCAUGAAGCAGGCAAGGGGAGCUGACUGGAGUCCAAACACCAAACUGGAAAUCUUCCUGGCUGGGAUGACUGGCGGAGUAGCUCAGACGUCAGUCAUGUCUCCAGGUGAUAUAGUUAAAGUACGUCUACAGUGUCAGACAGAGUCGACGAGGGAAGGAGCCAACAAGCUCCGACCAAAGUACCGCGGCCCGGUUCACUGCCUGCUGAGCAUCGUCAAAGAAGAGGGACUCAGGGGGCUCUACAGAGGAGCUCUGCCACUCAUGCUGAGAGACGCCCCGUCGUACGCCACCUACUUUUUGACUUAUGCCACCGUCUCUGAAUGGAUGUCAGGCGGCAGCAAUAAGAAAUUACACUGGACUGGCGUGAUGCUGGCUGGAGGAGUGGCAGGAAUGGCAGGGUGGUUUGUCGGAACGCCCAUGGACGUGAUAAAAGCUCGUCUGCAGAUGGACGGAGUGCGAGGGCCGAAGCAGUAUCAGGGCUUUCUCCACUGCGUCGUGGAGACGGCGAGAGCCGAGGGAGGUGCGGUUUUCUUCAAGAGCUUGGGCAUCAACUGCCUGCGCGCAUUCCCAGUGAACAUGGUGGUGUUUUUCACAUACGAGGUUCUCACUGGUUUCCUUCGGACUGAACCGGAAAGUGUCGACUCGCCUCAUGUGAGGCUGGAAUAGGAAAAUCUCCGUUUGACCCAGUGCUAAAUAUUUAGUUUUCACAAACUAAAUAUUUAGUUUGUGAUCAUUUCCACAAUGAUCACUAAAAUUGUUACAUAUCAUGCUUUACACACAAAAAAAAAAAACAGUUAUUGUGUUUUUGGGAAAUUCCAUCAAAGUGUUGCUGUUAACAGAUUGUAUGUUUCUCUGUCUGGCCACUAGGUGGCAUCCUCGACCUGAUUGUUACGACAUAUUCUUUUGCUGUUUACCUGCAGAGCAGAGCAUCACAUGUCCUCAAUCUUCCACUACUUGAAACAUAUUUAACUUCAUUCACAACCAUUAAGUGACUUGAAUCAGCUGUCACUGUUUGGACAGUUUUAGACGUCCGCCCCUAAACGGGCCAUGUGCUUUACUUCCACUGCUUUUUCGCAAACAAAAUGUUACAAGUGACUCAAACAUAUUCAAACUGGCUGCAAUAAGUUGAGCUACAUUAAAACUAGGAGCGUAGAUUCUACUUCAACAGCAAAUCUUUCCUCUUUUUUAAGCUGAAUAAGGAAAUCUGCUGUCUAAUCAACGGAUUAAACUCAUGAAUUCAUAGUUUCAUUUUACCACUGCAGUAAUAUAUUAUUAGGUGUAAGGGAACGGACUCUGUUACAAAGGCAGGGGCAAGCCAGGGUUCUUUAAAUGUUGGAAAUGCGUAACUCGUUAUUUAUUUUUUAUUGCUACAAUGAAUGUUUAUUAUGUCUUGUGCAAUAAAGCUUGACAAUACUU